CUCCACCACAGAAGAAGCAGAGGAGGCGGGUUGUACUUAGCGCGGGUGGACUGUUACAGUUCUGCUGAUGUGUCGUUGUGUUGUACAAACAUUAUAACAUUAUUCUGUAGUAUGGCUUCGUUUGUUACCGAGGUGCUCGCCAGCUCCGGGAAGCUGGAGAAAGAGGACCUGGCCAGCAAAAUAAGCAGGAUGUCCCGGAAGGUGGAAGAUACCAAGGAGGAAGUGUGCGACAUGAUAAACAAAAAGUACAGUGAAUUUCUCCCAAAGCUUCAAGCAUCAGAGGACCUGAUGCAGCAGGUUGAUAUGGUCUCUAAAGAAAUGGAAACUCUUAAAAACUGCAUUGAGUUUGAGGUACAGCAGAACAUCCAUGUGGCAGUGAAUGAAUACAUUAAGCUGAAGCAGCAGCUGGAGAAGAACACUGUGAUCAUAAAAAUGCUUGAACAUUUAAAAGAGUUUCACAGUGCGAUGGAAGACUUCAACAAAACACUACAGGAGAAAAAGUAUGUUGAUGCUGCCACCCAUCUGGAAAAAGCGAGGAAAAACGUGGAUUCACUGAAGGAUUGGAAAACAUCCCAGGUGCCUCUGCUUAGUUCCCUGAGCUCUGAGCUGACAGUGCAGAGAGAGAAUUUAAUUUACCACCUGGGAGACGAGUGGAAGCGCCUCGUCAUCUGGAGAGUACCGUCCACAAAGGAAUCUGCAGGUCCGAAGACCUUCCAUAAGGUAGAGCUGGUGCUGAGUGAAGCCUGCAGUAAAGAUGUUGAACAGAAGCCAACCCCCCUGCUGUGCUCCGUCCUGCAAGCUCUAGCAAUCCAAGGAGAUCUUCAGAACAAGAUCAAACUCUUCAGUCAGGUGCUGUUGAAGAACAUGCUGAAGCCGCUGGUUAUGUACGCAUCCCUUGAGCUUAUUGUAUCUGAGCAACACGGCGAGGGAACCAUUUUGGGCCUGGAGUGUUUAGAGGAGGAGAACAAGAAGCGAUCCACUCCUUCUCAAGUUUACAAGACACUACUGCUCUUGUUAAAGACCCUACACACACACCUGCUGGAUGUUUCCAUUGGAGAUAGAAAUCUCUCUGCUAUGCUUGGAGAGUUGAUUUGGGAGGAAAUGUCAAAGUGCAUCAUCCAUGACUGUCUUGUGUACUCCAUACCCACCAACAGCGGCGAGCUUGAAAGAUACAACAUUGUGAUUAAAGAGACUGAGGCAUUCGAGGAGGCUCUGAAGAAUAUGGAGUAUCUGCAGGUCGAUUCCACAGAUCUGCUCAAAUACGCCAGAGAUGUCAACUGUCACUUUGCCAGCAAGAAGUGCAGGGACGUCAUUGUAGCGGCGCGCAAGCUCAUGACCUCCAAGAUGCACAACACCGUUAAAGUAUGUAUCCAUCAACAGUCAAGCUCAGGUCUGCACAGGGAAACGGAGGGUUACAAUGUAUGAAUAUAGUGCUGUAGAUGCUAACGACUCAAUUAUAAGAGUUGAUCAUAAUCUGCUGCUAAGGAACUCUUAUUCCUUGAUUAUGAAAUAAGAGUUGAUAACUCUUAAGAGUUGAGAGUUAAACUCUUAAUUAUGGGAAAAUGCACUUUAUCAGAUUUUAAACCAAUUUAAUAAUCAAUUAAUUGUUUACUAACUGAACUAAACGGACUCAAAAAGAAGCAAUAUGCUGAAAAAAACCAACGCAUUCAGAGCAACAAUUAAGCCUAAACUGUACAAAGAAAUGUAUACAUUAAGAAUUUAAGAUAAAAAAAACACCUUUGUAUGUAAAUAUGUUUUACCAUAAACUCCUCAAGUGGCAGUUUUAGCUUCAUCUGGUUUAAAAUCACUAAGGGGACUUCCAGAAGCAAAUGGAGUAGACGGGUGCGUUAGAGCCUCUCUCCCACCUUAAUUUCAAAAUAUUCCGUUCAAAACUCGUUAAUCCGCUCACGGUUUCAAUAAAAUAAUUUAUGAACGGGAGGAGAAACAUGUCAAGCCAUAAAAAAAUCGACAAAAAUGCCUAAAGUUCAGGAUAAAAGUGCCCUGGUAGCUAAGGCUAACACGUGCCUGAAUCAAGCUAACGACAACGUGGCUAGCUCGGACGCUGAGAGCACUGGAACGAACAUGGACUCGGAAGGAAUUCUUAAAGCUAUCGACGAUUUGAAGACUGCCUUAAAGGGGGAUAAUGCAAAGCUACAACAAAAUAUUGACCAUCUGGGACAUGAGAUCAACGGUAAGCUGGACAAUGUUGCCACUGAAGUACAGGGCCUGGCAGAGCGUGUUGAUGAGGCGGAGGCCCGCGUUCAUCAAGUGGAGACCUGGGCAAAGGAGGCAACGGAGGCGCUGUGCUUCUGCAUCGAACAGAGGAAAACACAGCUUAAAGUGCUUGAUUUCGAGUCCCGUUCCAGAAGAAACAACGUCCGUGUAUUUGGGGUGCCAGAAGGUCAGGAGGGGAACUCCACUACACAGUAUAUCGAGACGCUUUUGAGAAGCCAGCUACAACUACCGGAGGACCUGGACUUGAAAAUACAGCGCGCACAUCGCACUCUGACAAGUAAACCCCCACCGAGGGCUAUUAUUGUCAACUUUCUGUAAUUUUCCAUAAAGGAAAAGAUCUUAAGAGAAGUGUGGAAAAAAGGCAAGAUCCAGGUGGGCUCUUCAAUUAUUCACUUCGACCACGAUUAUGCUCCUGAGAUAGUGAAGAAGCGCAGAGAAUAUGCUAUCAAGAAAGCGCUCAAAGUGAAAGGCAUCCGCUUUCAAACACCGUUUACCAACAUAAGGAUCCACUGGGAAUCAGGAACUCGCACAUAUUCCAGCGCUCGGGAAGCCUACAACGAGCUGAAGAGACGCGGAAUCCAGGCGGAGGAACCGGCGACAGCUGACGGUGUUUCUAGAGCGGAGUGGAGGCUCCGGGAGCUGCUGGGCUGGCAGCCGGUGGAUAACAGCGGCGCUGCGGUGGCGCUGAGAGCCAAGAACAAACUACAGGAUUUCCAGCGGAGCAUGAUCGAGAGAAAAUAGGCAGAAUAACAUGAUAUAAUGCAGCAUUAUUUUGACUAGGCUCUGAUUUACUACUUGGUGGGAGAGGUCACUAUUUAUUUUUUUCUACGUAGGACUAAUAGGAUGGACGUGUUUUUUCCUAAAGGCGCUUCUAAUGUCCUUUCUGGGCCCUCUCAGUUUGAGAGGGUCAUGAGCGAGAAGAAGGAGCUUCUCCUCACCUUGGAAGUCAGUUUGUUACUGUUCUGUUUUGGAUUCAGGGGCCAAAUCAGUCAAGGUAUUUAUGUACAUUAUUGUCAUAUAAUUUAAAAAUUGCUUCCUUGAAUGUAAACGGUUUGAAUAGUCCAGUGAAAAGGAAAAGGGUCUUAGCCAAACUGAAGAAAGAUGGGAUACAAAUUGCUCUUUUACAAGAGACACAUAUGUCUAAACAAGAACAUGACAAAUUUAAGUCACUUUGUUACUUAAACACGUAUUAUAGCUCCUGAGAAACAGUAGGAAGAGGGGGGUAAUCACCCUGAUUUCUAAUUCACUGAACUUUGAAUUGAUAUCUGAGAAGGGAGAUAAAGAGGGCAGAUUUGUUAUUAUAAAGGGGAGAAUUGAUAAUGUUGUGGUCACGAUAGUUAAUGUAUAUGUACCACCAGAGAGCGACAGGACUUUCUUAAAAACGUUCUUUGACACCAUUAUCUCACUUAGUGAAGGAGUUCUUAUUUGUGCUGGAGACUGGAACACAAUCCCUAAUUAUGCUCUAGAUACGACAAGCCAUAAGAAACAAAAAACUGGUAGGUCAAAAGACCUAAAUAUCCUGAUCAGGGAGAUGGGCCUGUUUGAUGUCUGGAGGGGUCUCCAUAUUAAAGAAA